GACUAAAUAAAGGCCAGUGCUAGCCUUCUCAGGCUCAGUUGCCUCAGGCAAGCGUGUGAUUCACAAUAUGGAAAUCAGUAAAUGGGAUGCUCUUUCAUUUCUGAAAUGCCAUAUUGAUGAGUCCAGGCUGAGCUUUGGCUCAAUAUCCUUGGAUAUUGACCCUGACCUCAUUUACCUAUGGGCGUAUUGUUUGGUCUUUCUGUUCCUGUGCUACCUGGUGGGGAUUCCAUCUCUAUUCACUGGCUGGAAAACCACAGAGGGCAGAAAGUGCAGAGCCAAGAGGAGGCGGAAAGGGGGGACACUGACAGGUUGGAGCUAUUGCCAGAGUGACACAGAAGAGAAGAGGAAGCUGACUGCUAUUGUGGAAAGUCCCCUGGGCCGGAAACAUGCUACCACCCGCUUUCGCCAACUAUUGUGUCCAGACCCCUUCUGUGAAGUGUGUAAUAGAGCAACUGCUGAGAUCAACCAACUGCUGUUCUCAGAAGCCCUGGAAGAUGCUCCCUCUGUCUCUUCUUUGGCUUCCACAGCUCCCAUGGCUGAGUCCUCCUUCACAAUGUCCUCUGCCUUCCCAGCAGCUCCCGCUGGAGACCAAAUACCAGUUUCUUUGCUUCAACCUUCCCCACCACCCCUCUCCAACCCUCUUCACUCACCUAAUCCACUGACCUGUUCAGAUGAGUUUCUUGCACCCUCACUGGGAUACAAUCUGUCACCAGAGCCUUUUCCUUCACUGGGUCCUGAAUACCCAGCAGGCCAUUCUUCACCACAACACCGUGCUUUUUCCCCAGUCCCCCAAUAUCACAACCAGAGAGUGGACGCUGUGCUCCCAGCACACACCCCUUUGUCUCUAAAUAACAUCUUCUCAGGGGACCCCACCCUCUGUCAAGGUAUCAAAGCCUUACCUAAUUUGCCACAACCAAUGAAUCCUGAUGAUCCAUAUGGUUAUCAUCAUCCACCACCAACACUGUCUGUUUCAUCACCUCAAGACACUACGGUAACUCGGACUCAAUCUAAAGCAAUUUCCAUCUCAUUCAAGACUGUCUCAGAGAACACCACCUCCUGCAGCCCACCAGGGCUUUCUGUUUCAGACUGGUUAGCCUCUACCUGGGCACCACGUGGGGACUUCACUCACGAAUGGCUUGCCCUUCCGUCUUUCGAGACCUCUGUGAACCUGCCAUUUCUCAGUGCAGACGUCUUGGAACUCCUAGAGAGGCAAGUGCAAAAGCGGAGUGAUUUCCUGAUGUGGAAGGACAAGGAAAAGAAUAGUUAUUCCUUUCCAAAACCACAGGGACCAGGGUACCAACCGAAUUCUUCAGGGGGAAUGUUAGGGUCCCCUGCUGAUAAGGAUGACUCAGCAGUCUCCCUUCCCCAAGGGAGCCCCAAAGGCAAACCACAGGAGCUGCAGAUGCAUGAACUGCCCCCACAUCUUAAAUCUUUGGGGGACCAUUUACAGCAAAAACGCAUCCAGUUCUUCUGGGGUCUCCCAUCCCUACACAGCGAGUCCUUGCGCUCUGCCAUCUCUCUCUCGGGGGCGCUCCCCCUGUCUCUUUUUUCAAUAGAAUAUCAAAUGCCUCCACCAAUCAAGAAGCCCCAGAGCUUCCCCAGCCCCUCCCUCUGUCCUCACCCGAAAUCCAGACUCCAACGUUGCCUCAAACUCCGCCACAGUCCCCGUCCAUGCCACAAUCCCAGCCGCCAGCCGACCUGCCUUGCCCAAUCCCAGCCCAACCAUCUGGCCCUUCACACCAAAUUAAGAUCUGUGGCGUGUUUUCCAAUAGACCCGAGAAUGACCCAGAUUGUCUCCAACCUGCUGAUACUGAAUUCCUGGAAUGGCAUGUGUUGCAGAAGCAACUAG